UCUACCCCAAGCCCUAAAAUGGUCGCCCCAAUUCUCAAAACACUGUUCGCCCAAUUCCCUCGUCGCCGUCGCUGCGCCCCACUGCACUCGAAGUCCGUCGCCCUGGAAGUUUCGACUGCUACCAACCGAUUCCUGCAACUUCACCCGGCAGGGCGUGUCUUUCUUCUUCCUCCCCAUCGCUCGGCAGCAGCGCAGACGAUUGCAGGCAUGGCCGGCGGGUCCUCGAUUACGGCGUCUUUCCAGCAUCUUGGCGAUCUCCGCCGUCAACGCCGGCCGCAGCACUUCCACCAUUCCGAUGCAUCCCACUAUUUUCCGGGAAACGCUCACACCCAAUCAAAGUUCAACAGCGGCAGCAGUACUCUUACCAGACUCGAUACUUUCUCCAGGCCUCGAUCACUUCAGCUUCUCCGAACUUCACCACGGCGAGCAUCACAGCGGAAGGCAGCUGCGGCGGCGACGGGCAAGAACUUCCAGGGCGGAUAAGAAUUAGGGAAUAGGGCUUGGUCGAAGAAAGCUUCAAAUUCAAUAAAUGGGCCGAUCUUGGAGGUGGACAUUUUUCCUUUCGUGCAUCUAUAUGUUGGCCAAUUGUUGUGAUCGUCUAAUAUUUUUUGUCUAGUAAAACAAGUUCACGCACGAUUAAUUAAAUUAUCAUAUGUAAUGAUCGAAUCAGAGAUAUUUCAAAUUAUUUAUCAUUUGAUGAAUGUAUAACUCAACAAAACUCAUAUUUUGGUGGCAAUAGACUGCUCAAUUGAUGGUGAAUUUGUCUUUCGAUUGAUAUGUAUAACCCAUGCCCAUUAUUGAAAUAAUGAUGCAUCUUGUCACUAAUAUAAUUAAAGUCAAACAAUAUCAUUGUAGAUCCUUAUGUAAUAUGAAAAAUAGUAUGCAACUUUGAUACCUCACACUAACAAAUCCCUUAGGAAUUGAGAUGUGACCGACCUUGUCUCCUAUAGGACCGAACCCUACAAUAGCAUUAUAGAUCAUUAUGCACAUCUAAACCUCACCAUUUUAUCAUAUGUAAUGAUAAAAUGAAGUUAUUUUUCAACUCAUUUUUUUGUUUGAUGAUUGUACAAAUGAACAAACUUAGUAGGUGAACCUCCUUGUACUAGUAGAUUUCUCAAUCAAUGAUAAAUUUAUCCCAUAAUUGAAAAUAUGUGUAACUCACGUACAUUAUGCAAACUUUAGCAGUACAUAAAAAAUGUUGUAUCAUUGGUGUUUUAGUGUAUGAAAAAUUUAUUGAUUUCUAAUUUUGUUGUUUGAAAUAAAAGUGACAUGGAAAGUUUCACCACUAGCCUAUGUGAUCUUGGCAGUUGCUCCUCUUUCUGAUUAUAUAGAAGCAUCAAAUAAAGGCUUCUCAUCGUAUAUAAUAAUGGGAAGAUAUAUAGGUCGGUAACUCUUUGUCCUAAGUGGAUCGUCUAGCUCAUAACAGGCAGCAAAGUAAUCUGAGAACCGGUAGUGGCAUCAACGAGGUUUACACGAUUGUUGUGUCUUCCACUCCUAUGCGUAUAUGCACAAAUCCAUGUUGUAGUUAAACCGUCGUUUUCAAAAGUUUGGCAAGGGAUUUGGAUCAUCAAUAAUGGUGGAAAACGAAGGAGGUGAAGAAGCUCCAUGAGAAGGAGACCACGAUUUCUGGGUCAAUUUUUUUGCCAUUUUUCCGAAAUUUUAUGUAAUUUGAUUGGAAAUUUUAUUUAUUUUUAAUAAUGAUAUCAUAUAUGG